UAUGUAUCAGGAACUAGUUUCCUGCUGACGUUCUGUGAGCUGUUUCAUUUUAAUGGAGAUGUUUUGCCCAAACAGAAAACUUCAGCAGCUUGUCUCAAAUGUCUGCAAAUAACAAAUGUUUGAGGUGAACACGGCGCGUCCUGCUUAAUCAUUACAUCGCAUUUGCAGACGAAGCGCAUUGUUGAUAAUGAGGACAUCACAAGAAAACAGUCCCGUGUAUUCCUAACGACAUAAACCAACCGCUCGCUGGACAACAGCAGAUAUAUUUCCAACGGCGACAGGUUUUAUCUCUUCGAGAUGGCAGGAGGCAUUACAGAAACAGGGGAGCCUUACUCUCCAUUUGUUGGUCUGGUGUACAUGUUCAAUCUGAUUGUUGGCACCGGCGCCCUGACCAUGCCCAAGGCUUUUGCAGCAGCCGGUUGGGUGGUCAGCGUCUCUCUCAUUACCUUUUUGGCUUUUAUGAGUUUCAUGACCACCACAUUUGUGAUUGAAGCCAUGGCCGCUGCCAAUGCCCAGCUGCGCUGGAAGAGGAGAGAACAGGAAGAGGUUAAUGACAGUGACUCCAGCUCAGACUAUUCCGAUGAUGAGGUCAUUAUAAGGGGACGUUCCGAACCCGUGGAGACACGGCCAAUUCUGUCCGUCCAGCGUGCCGCGAAUAUAGACCACUUUGACAUUGUGGAGAGAGUCGAGAUGGGACAGAUGGCCUCCAUGUUUUUUAACAAAGUUGGUGUCAAUAUGUUCUACAUCUGCAUCAUCGUGUACCUGUAUGGAGACCUGGCCAUUUAUGCCGCUGCUGUGCCUGUGUCACUGAUGGAGGUAGCAUGUGGGAAUCACUCGUGCAGUGCCGGGAGUGUGAAAUACAAUGACACAGAGUCGUGCUGGGGCCCUGUAAGACGCAAAGAUGCCUACCGAGUGUUUCUGGCCAUCUUCACAUUGUUACUGGGACCCUUUACCUUUUUCAAUGCUCAGAAGACCAAAUACCUUCAGAUCCUCACCUCAUUAAUGAGAUGGAUAGCGUUCACCAUGAUGAUCAUCCUGGCCUUAAUCCGCAUCGGCAAGGGUCACGGGGAGGGCAAGCCAUCCGUGGCUCAGAUCUCAGGAGUGCCCAACCUCUUCGGAGUCUGCGUUUACUCAUUCAUGUGCCAGCACUCUCUGCCCUCGCUCGUGACGCCCAUCUCCAACAAGCAGCGAAUGAGCAUCCUGGUCAUGGCCGACUACAUUCUAAUCCUGUGCUUUUAUGCCCUGCUCUCCCUCACAGCCAUAUUCUGCUUCGACAGUUCCCUUCUGCGCGACAUGUACACUUUAAACUUCACUGACAACUGCGACGUUCUAGGCGUCCCAGUGCUGCGCUACUUCCUAGGCCUCUUUCCCGUUUUCACCAUCAGCACCAACUUUCCCAUAAUAGCAGUCACGCUACGCAACAACUGGAAGACUCUUUUCCAUCGGGAUGGCGGCACGUACCCUUGGGUGGUGGACCGUGUUGUUUUUCCGCUCAUUACUCUGGUGCCUCCCAUUAUCGUGGCCUUCUGUACUCACGAUCUGGAGUCGCUCGUGGGCAUCACUGGAGCGUACGCUGGAACGGGCAUUCAGUACAUCAUCCCGGCCUUCCUGGUGUAUUUUAGCCGACGCCACUUAGAGCCUGUUUUAGGAAGGGAUGCUGUAAACAAGCACCGGUCACCCUUCCGACACACGUUCUGGGUUUGCUUUGUGGUGCUGUGGGCGACGUUCUGCUUAAUGUUCGUGACUGCUAAUAUCGUCCUUAACGAAACCAAGAACUAAGAUCAAAAGCAGAUCUGUGUGUUCUUUUUCAAGGGUGUUUGUUUGCUAAUGCAUUAAAGCAGCGGCGUUAGCUGACGUCUAAUACAGUGUAAUUUAAUUGAAUGUGUAAAAGGGACCAAAGGAUGUUUUGGCAUUACUUGAGUUGUACUGUACAAACGUUAGAUAGUUUUUGGUCUCGCAAGCACAGUCUGUAUUUUCCGUCUUAUGAGUCUUAUUAAAACAUGCCUGGCUCAUAUUUCAAAAUUUGAACAUUUUUAUUUUGAAUAAGGAAGACGAUUAUAUAAGAAAUAAAUAAAUAAAUUCCUAAAUAAGAAAAAAUAUAAUGAUAAAAGAUACUUUUUGUUGCGGUAAAACUACUGUAAGAUGGUGUUCAUUAUAGUUCAUAAUAGAUUAUAGUAAUUUAUUUUCAGUAUAUACAUGGAUUAAAAGCAAAAAAACAUUUUUAAAUGUUAUAUCAUUUAUGGAAUAUUUAAAUAAAAACAUUUAGAUAUUCCAUAAUUUAAUUAUUUAAUCAUAAUCUGUUAUUUUUUUGCAUCUAUUUAAAAUUGGGAAAAAUAAUAUGGCCUUGCUAUGUUUUAUUAGAUUUUUUUGUCAUCAUUUAUAUAUAUAUAUAUAUAUAUAUAUAUAUAUAUAUAUAUAUACACAAGAAACAAUGCUAAUUUUGUUUGUUUGUUUGUAUGUUUAUUCAGUUUUUUGGUUUUUGUUGUCGUCCUUUUUGUAAAAGAAAAAAAAGAAAAAAAGCCCAAACAAAUACACCAAAUAUAAAUGUCUGAUAUCCAUCAAGUCAAAGACGAACAGACUGACAAUAAACGUUCCUAGUUUUGGUCUUCCAAGAUUGUUAGCGUUUCACAGCUGGCAUUUGCGGCGUUCCUGCACUGACGAAUGGAGACACGGGCGCAACGCGGGUCUGAAUAAUGUACCCAGACCUGGAGUUCAAUCUCAGUUCAUCAGCAGAUUGAUGGAGGCAUUGAAAGCUUCCAUAUGUUCUCCAUGUACUGACGUCUUACCCGGAGCUCAUGGGUGCUCAAACGGGCCCUUAGGGAAGCGGGAAGGGAAGACAAACUUGGCACUAAAUGGACACAUCUGCCUGGGGAUCUACAGAGACUGAUAUUUAUCAUUAUCAAAAUGGAGCACCUUACCGUGCCUCAUGCGAAUAUUAGCAUUAACGUCACUUUAGUUCUGACGAAGCUGUCGCAAUUUUAAUAGUAGGGAUAGUUCAACCAAAAAUGCCAUCAUUAACACAUCUUUGAUUUGUUCCAAACCAGUUUUAAGUUUUAUUUGCUGUUCUGUUGAACACACAGGAAGAUAUUUUGAAAACCUUUAACCAUUGACUUCCAUAGUGUUUUUACAAUUAUAAAUGUUAAUAGUUACAGCUUUCUAACGUUCUUCAAAAUAUCUUCCUUUGUGUUGGUCUGAAGCAACUGAAUGAUGAGUAAAUGUUGGCAAAAAUUGCAUUUUUGGUUAAACUAUCCCUUAAAUUCAAGUCUAAAUGUAUGGCAGCUGAUUCCUACUCCGCCUUCAUUUUGUGUGUUUUUUUUUUUUUCCACUACUUUUUACGUUCCUAAAAGGGAUGGUUCAUUCAUUGUGUUAUUGUUUACUUGCCCUCAUGUCUUUCCAGAUCCGUAAGAAUUUUGUUUAUCUUCCAAACACAAUUAACAAAAUAUUUUAGUCAAAUGAUCAGUCAAGUAUCAAGAUUUAGUCAAGAAAUUAAGAGAUUUCUGUCACCACCAAAUCUUUCAUAACACGAAACACAGCAAAAAUAAUUCAUAUAAAUCAACGCUUUGUUUUUUGUAAAGACAUGAUUGAUUAGAAUGUUUUUUUUUUUUAAAUAUAAACAUUGAUCAGCAAACAAUGUUUACAGUAUUGGAAUUUGGUCAUGCUUGCUUGAAGUGUGCGAACCAACGUGGUAUGCUUUCAGUUGUCACAUGCCACAUUCGAGCUUCACAAUGAACCAAUUGGGUUUGUUUUUAUUCAAGCUUCUGCUCAUGUUUGCUGGUUAAUGUUUACAUGUGAAUAACACAUGCCUACAUUAAAUCUGCACAUCAUAAAAAACAAUUGAUAAUAAUUGGAUUAAACUACAUCAUUUAUUUGAAUUAAUUUUUUUGAUGUCUUUAUGACCCGUUAAAGUUUUUCAUGAAGGCAAUCAAUUGAAGGACUGAAAUAUCUCAGAUUUGAUUUAAAAUAUUUUCAUUUGUGUUUUGAAGAUGAUUGAGUCUUAUGGGUUUGGAAAUCAUAUUUCUCGUUGUUUUAAAUAGUUUGACACUUUUUGAUGAAAUUUGAUGCAUGUUUCAACUCCUUUUGCCCGUAUUAUGCACAGUUUACUUUUGUACCCUGUUGUCAUGAAGUUGACUUUGUCCUCCUUUGUUUUGGAGACAAACAUACAAAGCCCUUUUCACCUCACCUUUUAUGCACAGAAAUGAAAGUCAAGUUUAAAAUGUCAUGUGGGCAAGUAAAUGAGUUCAGUUUUGGUUCUGAGUUCUGUUUCUUUAAACAGACAGUUUACCCCCCAAAAAUAAAAGAAAUACUGUUAAUUUACUCACCCUAAGGCCAUUCAAGGUGUAGGUGACCUUUUUCCAGUAUAACAUUAUAGAUUUCUUGGAGUCCUUGAGGAUUCAUAACAUUUUAGCCUGCUUAAAGCAGUGCUUUUAGGGGUCAAAAAUACAUGAAAAGUUAAAUCUUCUUCUAAUGUUUUGUCUGUACAAGUAACUGAAAAUUAUUUCUAACAUUAUUAAUCCAGGACCUCUAUAAACAGACCUAAUUUUCUGGAUUACAAGAAUCCUGUUACGUUAUUAUGCAUCUUAAAUGUUAAAAACUUGUUGUGUUGAUGUCUCUUAUAACUAAAUCUUCCCUAUUGGGUCUAAAUUUUGGUUUGCCUGUAUAUGUUAGUUUUUUUGGACCCUCAAAGUGCCAUAGCCAUUAACUUUCAUUUUAGGAAACACCAAAAACCUCAAAUAUCUUUUAAUUCAACUGAAAAAGAAGUCACAUACACCUUGGACAAACUAAGGGUGAGUGAACUAAAAGCAAAUGUAAAUUUGAAAAAGAACUUUACCUUUAGCGUUUUUGUAAGUCUGUGUUUAUUUUCUUCUGUCCAUCCUCAUAUCUGCCUCAGAUUUUAAAAAGGCAUUGCAAAUCUGUCCCCGGUUUGUUGAUUCGACACAUUUUCUUCUGUUUUCUUCUGUGUUUUAUGUCAGAGGUUGAGUGGUUUGAUCAUCGGUGGCGUGUUUGAUACUGUAAACUGAUCACUGCUCUCUGUGAGAGUUCUGAGAGAAGCUGAUGUUCUUUAAUUUACACCUUUUCAGCCGAUGAUUUAAAGGGAAACACUUCUUGUUUGUGGACAGAACCGACUUCUCCUUAUUUACUUCUUACUCUGAUCUGCUCCACAAUGUUUGAAUUUGGGACCCCUUAAAGCACAAAGUGAGUUAUUUUAUUUUACAUGUUGUUAAAAUAUUACCCAAUGCUUCUGUGAAAUGUCCACUCUGUGUUCAGUGUAACAAAUGUGCCUUCUUUCCAGAGAUCUCUCCGAUUUCACAGGAAUAACCAUGUCUGUUUCUUUCUCUGUCAAAUGUCUUGAGUGUGUGUAUUGUGCUGCUCGUCACUUGCAUGUAAGUCACUUCAAAUUCUUGACAAUCACAUCCUCCGAUGUCUCGUUAAAAUAAAAAUGGAUAUGCUCGUUUUGA